UCAUACUAUCAUCACUCCUGGUGGCUCCAAGAUCCAUCGGACGCUUGUGUCGUGUUCCGUAAGGUACGUACUCGUACGUAUGUACGGUGCGUACGGUACAAAUUCCGGUUCCAUCCAGUAGCGUAAACCAACUUGAUGCAUCGUUCCACAAUCAAACCAAAACACACAUAUCCCCGGCAACCAUGAGAGGAAUCGUUUCUUCCAGAAGCAGAAGCAGAAGCAGAAUCACAAUCAGUGGCACGAGUCCUACUUGCAGCGUCCAUUUACUCCCCCGCUGGUCUCCGGCUCUCCUCUCGCUCUGCUUGCUGUUGCUGGUGCUGUUGCUGAUCGCCCCGGUUCCGUCCCACUCCUUUCGCCCGAUCCCCCCCACCCCGGCGUCUCCAGCACUCCGCUCGGAAGCGAGCAGCGACAAGACCAGCGCCGCAAUGGCCAGCAACGACAGCGCGAGCAAGCCGCCGCCCCUGUCGGUGGGUUUCAUCGGGUGCGGAACGAUUGCCUCGAGCAUCGCCAGGGGCCUCGUCCUCGCCUCAAAAAACGGGGGCGGAAGUGGCAGCGGCAGCGGCAGCGUGGACCUCGGAUCGAUCGUCGUCUCCCGGAGAUCGGAAUCCAGGUCGGAAGCCCUCGCGAGGGACCACGGGGAACUGGUGUCGGUCACGGAAGACAACCAAGAAAUCCUCGAUCGGUGCGACCUCGUCUUCCUGACGGUCCUCCCCCAGCAAGCCUCGCCGGUUCUGCGGGACCUGUCCUUCGAUCCGGACCGGCACGUCCUCGUAUCGUUGGUGGUGAGUAUUCUGUUGCCUAGUGGUUUUUCGGUGCUGUGCUAUGUUGUGCUGGGAUGUGCUACCAGCUGUGAUGCACCGUAAUCUAACUGUCCGCUUCCCGUAUUCUGCUCUGCCGACAUUUUUCUCUCUCUCAUCCAAAUCCAAUCGAAUCGCUCGUUUCGAUCCCUCCCGCCGUUGCCAGUCCACGGCAAACCUGGAAGAUCUGGUGAGGGAUUCCGGGCUGGGCCCGUCCAGCGUCUCGAAAAUGAUCUGCCUGCCCUCGAUUGCCAACCACAAGGGCGUGGCCCUGCUCUGCUGCGGCGAGACCACCGGUCCCACCAAGGAUUCCCUGGUGCAGCUCUUUGGUGCCAUGGGCGGGGUCGUCGCCCUGGACACCGAGGCGGACCUGGAGGCUUGUAUGGUCACCACCUGCACCAUGGGACCGCUCUACGGGACCAUGAAGAACCAGCGCGACUGGCUUCUGAAGAAGACCGGCUCGCUGUCGAAGGAGGACGCGACGUUUCUGGUCAUCAAGCAGUUCGCGGGAGCCAUCUCCGAUGCCGAGAGUGCGACGAUGUCGUCCGGUGGCGGCGGGGAGAAUUCCCUGGAAACCAGGCUGGAGGACCUGAUCGAGGAACAGACCCCGGGAGGCCUGAACGAGCAGGCCCUGAAAAACUACGGCCGGGUCCUGGGGGGCUUCGAGAACCUGCAGCAACCGGUCAUGGAUGCCAUACUGAGCCGCAUUCGGGGCGAAACCGAUGGGAACAUCGAGAAAAAAUAACACUACUAUAGAUGAUACAAAAGAAAACAAAACAAAACCAAGUGA